AUGGAGAUGGGAGGGGCUGUCACCAUCUUUCUGGCACUCUGCUUGUCUUGCCUGCUCAUCCUCAUUGCUUGGAAACGAAUGAAUAAGGCAGGAAAGCUGCCCCCAGGUCCUACACCAAUUCCUUUCCUGGGGAACCUGCUGCAAGUUCGAACUGAAGCUACGUUUCAGUCUUUCAUGAAGCUCAGGGAGAAAUACGGCCCUGUGUUCACUGUGUACAUGGGUCCCCGGCCAGUGGUGGUUUUAUGUGGACACGAAGCAGUGAAGGAAGCCUUGGUAGACCAAGCGGAUGAGUUCAGUGGCCGUGGAGAACUGGCUUCCAUAGAGCGAAACUUCCAAGGUCAUGGUGUAGCUCUGGCCAAUGGAGAACGAUGGAGGAUUCUCCGACGCUUCUCCCUGACCAUCCUUCGGGACUUCGGGAUGGGAAAGCGGAGCAUUGAGGAGCGAAUUCAGGAGGAGGCCAGCUACCUACUGGAGGAGUUCCGGAAGACCAAGGGUGCCCCCAUCGACCCCACCUUCUUGCUGAGCCGCGCUGUUUCCAACGUCAUCAGUUCCAUUGUCUUCGGAAGUCGCUUCGACUAUGAGGACAAACAGUUCCUGAAUCUGCUACGGUUGAUCAAUGAGAGUUUCAUUGAGAUGAGCACUCCCUGGGCACAGCUAUAUGACAUGUACUCUGGAAUCAUGCAGUAUUUGCCAGGAAGACACAAUCGCAUCUACUACUUGAUAGAAGAGCUCAAGGACUUCAUUGCCUCCAGGGUCAAGAUCAACGAAGCAUCCUUUGACCCCCAAAACCCUCGGGACUUCAUUGACUGCUUUCUCAUCAAGAUGCACCAGGAUAAAAAUAAUCCUCGUACAGAAUUCAACCUCAGGAACUUGGUCCUCACCACUCUGAACCUCUUCUUUGCUGGCACGGAGACGGUGAGCUCUACACUGCGCUAUGGAUUCUUGCUGUUAAUGAAGCAUCCUGCAGUGGAAGCUAGGAUCCACGAAGAGAUUAACCAGGUGAUUGGACCACACCGGCUCCCAAGGGUGGAUGACCGGGUCAAGAUGCCCUACACAGAUGCCGUCAUCCAUGAAAUACAGAGACUGGUAGACAUCGUGCCCAUGGGUGUCCCCCACAACGUCAUCCGGGACACUCAGUUUCGAGGCUACCUUCUGCCUAAGGGCACAGACAUAUUUCCCCUGCUUGGCUCUGUCCUCAAAGACCCCAAAUACUUCCGCUACCCAGAUGCCUUCUAUCCCCAGCACUUUCUGGAUGAGCAGGGCCGCUUCAAGAAGAAUGAAGCCUUUGUGCCUUUUUCCUCUGGAAAGCACAUCUGCCUGGGCGAGGCCAUGGGCCGCAUGGAACUCUUUCUCUACUUCACCUCCACCCUUCAGAACUUCUCUCUACGCUCGCUGGUGCCGCCUGUGGACAUCGAUGUCACCCCCAAGCUCUCAGGCUUUAGCAAUAUCCCCCCGACCUAUGAGCUCUGUCUUGUGGCCCGCUGA